AACUAGGGAAAACAAAUUUAUGUGAGACCGGAAGUAUUCUUUAUAGCUUCCGGGUAAGAUACAAAGUAUGCAGCGCCUCCGUUUGCGUUCACAUUAACGCGCGUGACCGGUGUGUUUGAAUCAUGUUUACCCCACCAAAGGAGGGGAUGCCCAGUAUGAUAGACAGGGCACUGAGGAUGAGGAGGGAGGAGCAGGCUCGACAGAUCAUUCUCGCCUGGGCUGUCCUCAACGUGUCCCUGGCUGGCAUGAUUUACACUGAAAUGUCAGGGAAGCUGCUGAGUCGAUUCUACAACAUCACCUACUGGCCCAUCUGGUACAUUGAGCUGGUGUUGGCCUCUCUCUUUAGUCUCAAUGCUCUUUUUGACUUCUGGAAGUAUUUCAAAUACACUAUGGCUCCAUCCACUAUUGCUGUAACUCCUGAGCAGUGCAGCCUUCUGGGUUUGAGGAACACAAGUUUCCAGGCCUCUCCUCCUCAAAAGCCAGAGAAAAAAGAAUCCCCAACUCCUGCCCAGUCGUCUCCUCUGCAGGGCCAGAGCGUGCUGAGCUUCAGUCCGUCUCGUCCUGCCUCGAGCAGCCCCAAGUUCUCCCCGACCUGUGCAACUGGCUACAGCCCUGCUCUCAGCAGUCCAUCCUCACCAAGUGGUGCUGGAGGGCCAUUCUCGUCUUCUCUGCCUUUUGGCAAAGUGCUGAACUACAGUCAGUCUCCAGGCUCUUCUCCUUACCCACACAGCAUCGGACCAUCAGAAGGUUCUGGUUUGAGGGCUCGAUACAGAACAUCUCCAUCUGUCUUUAACUCUUCUGGAAGCAAAGAGGACUGCAUAGAAGAUCUGAAAUGUCUGGAGAGGUUUCUUCGCUCGGAGGAGGAGAAGAGUCACCGCAGCCACCUCGGCAGCCCAGAGUCCGUGUCUCCCAGUCACAGUCCAACGUUCUGGAAUUAUAACCGUUCGGUUGGAGAUUAUGCUCAGAGCUUGAGGAAGUUUCUUUACCAACCAGCGUGCCGCUCUCAGGCGCCGUCUGCCCACAAGGACGAGACAGAUCUGGGAUCUAAACAAGCUGCGGAGGAGGUGUGGGCCAGAAUCACAACCAGCCGUGCGGUCAUGAACCAUAUUGAUAGCUGGACAGCUAAACUUAGAAACUGGAUCAACGACACCAUCUUGGUCCCUCUGGUUAAGGAAAUCGACUCUGUCAACAGUCAGCUCAGGAGGAUGGGCUGUCCGGAGCUCCAGAUAGGAGAGGCUAGCAUCAGCAGUCUGAAACAGGCGGCGGUGUUGAAAGCCUCAUCAAUCCCCACCAUGAACUCUAUUGUCCAAUACUUGGACAUCACACCCAACCAGGAGUAUCUAGUGGACAGGAUAAAGGAGCUAGCUCACAGCGGCUGCAUGAGCUCCUUCCGCUGGAACGGUGGCGGGGAUCUGAAGAACAGGAAGUGGGACACGGACCUCCCCACCGACUGUGCCAUCCUCAUGCAUAUGUUUUGCACAUACUUGGACUCCAGGCUGCCUCCACACCCAAAGUACCCUGAUGGGAAGACUUUCACUUCCCAGCACUUCAGCCACACUCCUGACAAACCUGAUGUCACCAAGGAGAACCUCUUCUGCAUCCACCAAAGCAGCACCAACCCCCCUCACUACCAACUCAUAUACCAAGGACACAUCUACAGUCUUCCUAAGGGCAGAAACAACUUGUUCCACACAAUCCUCAUGUUCCUUUACAUCAUUAAGAUCAAGGAGUCAGGGAUGCUGGGGAGGGUUAAUCUGGGCCUCUCUGGUGUGAACAUCCUGUGGAUUUUUGAAGACUGAUCCAUCAUCUUUUAAAAGCAACAAACGGCUGCAAAAGGGCAGAAUUUUCUCCUUUAGGCUCCUGCUUGACAAAGCCUCUUAUUUUACAGUUAAAAUACCUGCAUAUGAUGGGACAUUUUCUCAGCUUUUUUUGGCACAAACCAGCUUCUGUUACACCACAAAGUCCUUAUACAGCUAGUUGCAUUUUGAAUUUUAAAAAAGAAUUUUUAUUGAGUAAUUUGAGAAUGUACCAGCAUGGCAGCAUUUUAAAUGUAUUACCUCAGAGUUAUCUGCUUGACGACAAAGGGCUCGGACCUGUUUUCCUGUUUUAUUUGGAUUUAGGAUUUGUUCAAAUCUGCAAAAGGUUUGUGUUCUUUUGUAGAAAUAAAGAUUUGCAGUGGUAAAAAAAUCUUUGGUCAGCUUAUAAAAAGAUACAGAAAGGAUCACUUGAACUUAUUUUCCCAUAUUAAAGGAAUGCUGCAGGACUGGCAACUGAUAUGUGAUGGACAUGUCCUUUUUUAUCAUUUCAUCCCACAAAAAUAUUUUUAUUCUGAUUUUCAACGUGCCUGUCAUUGAGUACUGUUAGAAGAGAUGUUUGGUGUUUAUAACAUGUUUAAUGAAAUGUGAAAAUUACAGCGAGAGAUUAAAGAAAGCCUUGAAUUUUGCUAA